CAAUCAAGAAAGAAAAAAUGAGUGAGUUGGAGAGAAAAGAGUCGUAGCUCAAGAGAGAAAGAGAGAAGAAAGCUUUGUAGUGCUGAAGCACUUUUGUUGUGUAUUUUGUAAUCCUUUUAUACUCGAGUGGAUGAGAAGCCAAUGGGCAAUCACGACAAUCGGACUGACGUUCCUACUACUCGGUGAAGCCAAGAAGCACAACAUCAGCAUGUUCGAGCCGAAGGGCGACGCCUACCGAGAGUGGCUCGAGUCGAGAGACCUCAAGUCCGUCGUCUACGUCUCCUUCGGAAGCAUCGCCUCUCUUAAAAAAGAGCAAAUGGCGGAACACGGCCACGCCCUUCUAGCCACGGGCCGCCACUUCCUAUGGCUUGUCCGAUCCACCGAACUCGACAAGCUCCCUUCCGACUUCGCCAACACCGCGGCCGGGAAGGGCCUAAUUGUCGAGUGGUGCCACCAGCCCGAGGUGCUGGCGCACAAAGCCGUGGCGAUGGCGCAGUGGGUGGAUCAGUGCACGAAUGCGAAGCUUGUGGAGGAUGUGUGGGGGGCAGGGGCGCGAUGCGGCGGCAGAGAUGGGAUUGUUGGGAGGGAGGAGAUUGCCAAGUGUAUUGAGAGAGUUGUUGGAGGGGAUGAGAUUAGGAGGAAUGCUCUGAGGUGGAAGGAAAUGGCGGCGGAGGCGGUGGGGAAGGGUGGGACUUCCGACCUUAAUGUUGUGGAUUUUGUUUCUAAGAUUGUGUUUGAUGAUGGCGGGGAUUUUAGCCCCACCUCUGUUCUUGUUUGAACAAGUUCAAGUUAGUGGAAUGCGUUAGUGGAACUUGAGGUCA